AUGUUGGUUAUUGAUCAAGAGAAUGAUCGUGCGCUUUUGAGUAGACAAGCUAGGUUUGUGCCGAGAAUGUGGAGUUGUUUAGCUGGAUUUAUUGAGCCAGGGGAAAGCUUAGAAGAGGCUGUGAGGCGAGAGACAUGGGAAGAGACUGGGAUUGAAGUAGGAGAAAUAGUCUAUCACAGCUCUCAACCUUGGCCUGGUAACAGUUGUUGGUGUAGAGUUUCUUGA